GACGCCUCGUUUCUUGUACCAGCGCCUAUCAAUUUGGUCUUCUAAUGAGCUUGCUAAUAUUUGCUGCCAGUCUAUUAUAUCGGAGGUUCAAUUUGGUUCCUCUAUAAAUGGGGGGAGGGAGAGGGUACAACUUCAUUGAAUCAACUUCAUCGCAAUGCCUGCGUCAGCCUUCUCAAUUCCCGAGCUUUACCAACUGAUUACGCUUGCCUUGUCCUCGACCUCGCUUUCGCGACUUCCUCCGAUUGUUGUCAUGGCUGUCUUCGUCGGUCUCAUCGCAUAUUCCCUCACCUAUCCUUACUAUGGUCCCUACUCCCCUGCGAAUGUCAGGGAGAAUAUCGCAAAGAUCAUGGAGGAUGCAAAUGCUACAUACGAUUUGCUGAAAAGCGAGCGUAUCGCUCAGUUGGCAGACGAAGAGGAGCAUCACAAACACAGCGCCGCUUAUGAUGCUCUGUUUCAGCAGCCCUUCUGUGAUAUCUAUCACGAACGCGCCCUUCUCCUUCAUCCUAUGGAUUCUUUCCGCUUCUGGAGGGAUGCAGGGAUAUGGCGAUCCGACAUCAGUAGCUGGGUCAACAGAAUGAAAACAGCCAUCAAGGCGAAACAAUUGUCCUCGGAGUCCACCAAUACCUCCGACGAGUUAGGAUUGGAAGCAAAAUCAUCAAACACCAGUUCUGAAUCCAACAUAUAUGCAUCCGCAUCGAGCGGCGUCAACGCCGAUGAUGUUGUCGGUGUCGAGUCCUACCCUCUAUCCUUUAUGCAAGGCCCCAACAGUAGUAGUAGAGGUGGUAGCAUGGGUCCACCAGGCGAGGAGGAUAUCACCAAUAUGACCGCAAACUAUGACGCAUCGAGGGAGUUAACCUGAAAGAAAUGCCCUCGCAGCCACGUCAAGGCACAAGACCCUGGCAAUAGAAAGGAAUUAACUCCCACAUCGGUAUACAAAAGCUACCCUCAACCGCUUAGCAGGUGUCUUGAUUCAUUAUCCGGAU